UAUCGAUAUAUUGAUAUUUCGAUAUAUUAUCAACAACUCUACUUCAAAUAAAACGUACAGAUUGAAUAUCAUUGGCAUUUUUUUUGCGUUGUUUUAAACGGAAACUUGAAAGAUCCAGCUUGAAAUGGAAUUAAAUACUGAUAAUCCCGCAAACGAUGUCGGCGUCUUGGCGCCGAACGAUCAAGAAAAUGAGGACGCCAAUCGGAGGAAGGAAAAUACAGGCGCUCCAAAGACUCCUGUGGUUAGAAAAUCGCGACGAGGGGUCCUCAAACGCAUGAACGCCACUUCGGAAAAGGAUUCGCCAACGCAUCCUGAUUCUCCGAAGACACCGGGCACUCCAGGCCAUCUUCAUCAAACCACCGAAACUCCGAGACGUAGUUGCAGAAAAAGUGUGCGUCCAGCAAUCGACUACGAUGAUAUUAUAGUGCGAUCCACCAAGAAGGCUAUGGCCGGGGCACUUUCUGCCGAUCCCGAGAACGAGGAGCCUUCCGGCCAGAAGUGGACCGCCGCGGAGGUGGGAAGGAAUUCGCGCAAACGCGGCCGCAAGCCCAAGCGCAAGGCCGCCAAGAAGCAGAAAACAGAGCUCACAGUUGCAGAGGACACGGAGGAGCAGGACACGGAGUUGGAGGUUCCACAGAAAAAAGUGGAUAAGCCUCAGGAUGCAGAAAAGCCUGCACAGGUUCAAGCAGCUAUAGUAGAGGAAGAAACACUAUCCAUAAAGAAGUCUUCUAGAGAGUCUAAAACUGCAGAGCAGUCUUCUAGGGCGUCCCAAAAUCGAAAUCAACAACAGGCAGCAGACACCAAGAAGCAAAAGGUAGCCAGAUCAGGCAUUGAUGAACUGGGCUUAUGCCCACUGGAUACGGACAGCCAGGAUGAAAAUGAAGCGGAGGUUAUUCAAGAUGAAGCCCAAACGAUUCCAGUCGAUGAGGAUGGUCAAAAACAUGAAGAGAGAGAUAAAGAAGCUGAUGAAGCAAAAAAACCAGCUGCGCUUGAUAAAAACAAUGAAAUAGCUGCAACUGGAGAUAAAUUAGAAGUAGCUAAUGCAGUAGAUGAGCAACUUUUUGCAGAGGAAGAAAUGCCCUCACUGCUGAUGGAAAGUGAAGGCCUGGAUGAAUCAAGCCAGUCGCCUCUUAAUACAACAUACGAUGCAGAGAAGCAGAAAGAUUUGGAUGGAAGCGUUAUUGUGGUUGUUAGUCCCGACAAGCAGCAAAAAGCAAGCACCUCCGACCUCGAUGCCAGUGUUAUACUGGUCGUCCCUACCGAUAUGCAGCCUGUAGCUUGCGCUUCGAAGCCCGAAAUUCCGGAGAAGCCAGCCAUUAGAGUAGUGCUCACCACUACAGAUAAUCAGGACAACACCAUUUUGGAUUUGGCCGAUGUAGCUUCGCCAAAUGUAUCAAAGUCGAAGAAAUCGAAGGGCUAUCUAUUUCCCACACCUUAUAAGGCAAGGCCGAUGUUUAAGUUUACAGGAACCGAGGAGACAGUUCCUAAUGAUCACAAGGCACAAGAAGAACCGAAGUACAAACGCAAACGUUCCAAAUCGACCAGCCAUUGGAACGAUACCAUGUCACGAACUGUAUCCUUUCAGAGUCCCAUCGAGAUUGCCAUUGUCGAGGACAUUGAUAAACGCUGGAAGGGCCUUCAAAAGAGUAAUGUCAACCACCGCCGUAGGCGCUCGAAGUCAUUGGACGAAAACCGCUGCAAAAUGAGCAGAAUCCCAAAGCCCAAUAGAGGUGUUAUUCCACUGAACAAAACCAUCACACCCAACAAGGUGAAUAAGAGGACCAAGAUGCCCAAUUUUGCAGCCAUGCAUGAGAGGCAGUUUGCCAAGAUGGAGAGUCUGCUGGACCACGUCGAACGCAAGGCGGAACGCGCCAAGGUGCUAACCAAUUCUGUACAGAAGCAAGUACCAGGAUCAACGGCGAAGAAACUGCAGAGAUCCACAUCUGUGGAGGAUCGUGCUCAUUCAAGAGCGGUGAAGAAGAUCGACAUGACCGCUGAUCGAACCAAGGUAGUGGAACAUCCGUCCGAUAAGGGGAACUCAUCACGGUUGCCUUUGAAGACCACCGCUCCUGCUCUUAAAGUAGCGCCGAAGCCAGCUUUUAAUCUGACCACCUCUACGGUGAAGACAUUCAAUGUAGCCCCAAAGCCAGCUUUCAAUCUGUCCACCACUGCGGUCAAGACAUUCAACGCCACGUUGUCCAGCAGACCGGCCGAUUCGCACGAUAACAAGCUGGCUGAACGACGCCAGCGGCGCAUUGAUAUGUUCAAGGGUAGGACAACCAAGGACCAAAAGGAGAAAGCAGAAUUUAUCCGCGGGGUGCGCCUGAAUCGACGUUUUGAGCUCCAAAUGCAGCACCGUCGUCACCUGGAGGAGGAUUAGAUUCUUAAGUUAAAUUGUUAAUUUUACUACUUACUACUUAUACUUACCCUUAUAUAUUCGCUUUAACGUGUCAAUUUUGUUGAGGAUUCGUCGAAAAACAUUUUCAUUUUUGCUGGUUUUAAUAAAGUUGUUUACCUUUUUCAUAUUUUGUA